AUGAAGUAGGAAUUACAUCAAUAUUUUAUUUUAAAUAUAUAGUGGUCCGAGAAGUGUGUGUGUAUUUGUGUUCGUGUGUGAAUACGUGCAUCAUAAUGUUUGAAUCAGGAACAAUGAAUCAAAGAAAGAAAGCAAUCUAAGUGGCCGGUUCAGCGUAUUCACUUCACCGUUCAGAUUUCACAGUCCUCUGCUGAUAACUGUGUGUUGUAGACGUGUUGCGUAAUAAUAACAAAUAAUCUAAAUUGAUAUAGUGACGUCGACCCGCGCGUUUCUAUUGUUAUAACCUUGACUUCUGUUUUAAGAAUACACAAUGGCGCUUGAACGACCAGACUUCGACUACAAAGAAGAAACUCACAAAGAACGAUUAGCACGAAAAUCCAAAGAGUCACCUUUCAUGGUAAUUGGAUUAGCUGGGCUUGCCGCGGCCGUGGGAUAUGGAGGUUACGCAUACAAAAAUCGUGGUGCAAUGAGCACUAGCGUUUUCCUCAUGCAAUUUCGUGUGAUUGCGCAAGGGACUGCCGUCGGAGCUCUCACUCUUGGCAUGGCGUACACGCUCUACAGAAACCAUUUUGCUAAGAAGCCAGAAGCUAUCGCUGCUAGCGUAUUAGGAAAUGAGCAUUAAUACAUUUCCUACGCAUAUAUAAGUGAUCAAUUAUUGAGAUAUUUAAUUUAUGCUAUGUGAUAAGUGAAACGGCUGUGGUCAGUUAUUGACAGUUGCAUAAAGCAUGGGAAAUAAUAAGUAUUAAAAUGUAUGCUAGAAGCAUUGCGAAGUGCAUGAGAGAUGCUACUUGAUUGUUUUGAAAAGACUUCUUAUAUUGAUACUGGAUAUUUUGCAGUAUUUAUAUCUAAAUAGGUACGCAUUUAUAGAAAUGUGAGCAUUAUUUGGGAAUCAACAUGCAUAAUGGAUUCAUUUAUGAGUGUUCUAAUUGUUAAAGAAAAACCGAAGUAUUUGCUUUAGAAUUUUAUUACAAAGUAACAAUCCUACAACUCAUUCAUCUUUACAUAGUAGUAAUAUGAAGGUAAAAAGUAAAACCUGAUUCUACAAUCAUAUAG